UAGUCACGCGCCAGCAAAAGGAACGUUCUGUGUUUACCUUUGAGCUAUGUGUAGUGCACUGUGAUUCUUCACUGCAUCACCACCAUCGCUACUGGACGGGAUUGCAUUUUUACGGAGCCCAAAUCGCACUCGACACUUAACUACACAGAAAAACACGGAAAACGCGGAACACUUUUGAAACCGAACCGUACCGACCCGAAACUCGCAAUUACUUACGCGAAUAAUACUCGAAACCCGCACAAAAUCCGCACCACCGCGUUUGUUUAGACUGCGAGAGAGAGAAACAACCUCUGAAUGUGUGUGUAUGCGUGUGUGGCACAUGACGUUUCGACUGACAGUUGUCAGCUGACUUUGAAGGCUGCUCGUGGUGCGGUUGUUUGCCGCUGCGAUUAUUUGCGUAAAUGUUGUAUGAAAAUAAGCAGCAAGUGGUGUUUUAGGAACUUUUUUAAUGUAUUACAAUAGUUACAAACUUUCAUUAACGAGCAAUUCUUAUUGCGAUAGUAUUCUUUUGAAUACGGAUCUCAAUUGUUCCACUUCAGCAAUUCAAAUUUGAGUUUGACAUUUGGCCGACGCGACGCGUUGCGGGCGUGAUGUAAACAAAUCGAUUGCAGAGUGAAACACAUGUUCCCGAAGUGUUCGGUAAACUUUAAUAUUUAACCAGAUAAGGAGUAAAGUAUGGAGCAAAGCAAAGAACCGACUGUGGCGAAAGAAGCGGUUCUGCAGGAAAGCUCCAAGCUGCCGGAAAACACGCCGAAAGUAUGCGGUUACGAUUGGAACGAAGGCUACAGCUAUGAGAAACUGUUCAGCUCGUACAUCCACAGUGGGUUCCAGGCGACGAAUCUUGGGAAAGCGAUUGAAGAAGUGAACAAAAUGAUUUCUGCACGCCAUCUACCACUGCCGGAAGACAAAUUGGACGAGUACGAAGAGGAUGAAUUCAUAAAGCGACAGAAAAACUGUACCAUUUUCCUAGGCUACACCUCAAACAUGGUGUCGGCUGGCGUUCGAGAAACGAUUCGAUUUCUGGUACAACAUCGUAUGGUGGACUGCAUCGUAACAACGGCCGGUGGCGUUGAGGAAGAUCUUAUCAAGUGUCUCGCCCCAACGUAUCUCGGUUCGUUCGAGCUGGUCGGCCGUGAGCUGCGAGAACGUGGCAUAAACCGCAUAGGUAAUCUGCUCGUACCGAACGAAAACUAUUGCAAGUUUGAAAAUUGGGUCAUUCCAAUCCUGGAUGAGCUGCUAGCAGAACAGAAGAGCAAAGGAACGCUGUGGACGCCAUCGAAAGUGAUCGCAAGAUUGGGUGAAAAAAUCAACGAUGAAUCGUCGAUUUACUACUGGGCGGCUAAAAAUCGUAUCCCAGUGUUUAGUCCCGCCCUGACCGAUGGAAGUCUGGGCGAUAUGAUGUACUUCCACUCGUUUCGGAAUCCGGGUCUGGUGGUGGAUAUUGUGUCGGAUUUGCGACGGCUCAACACGAUGGCUGUGAAGGCGGUGCAGUCGGGUGUUAUCAUUGUUGGCGGAGGUGUGAUAAAACAUCACAUUUGUAAUGCGAAUCUGAUGCGAAAUGGGGCAGACUAUUCCGUGUUCAUUAACACGGCUUCGGAGUACGAUGGCAGUGAUAGUGGGGCCCGGCCGGAUGAAGCUGUGUCGUGGGGUAAAAUCAAAAAGGAUGCUACACCGGUGAAGGUGUACGCCGAGGCUAGUCUGGUGUUUCCGAUACUGGUCGGGGAAACGUUUGUUAAAGAUCAUUACCGGAAAAAUAAAACAGACGCUUAGUUCUGCUUUUAUUAAACAUGGG